AUGAAUCUUUGUAAAGUAAAUAUUUCUCAAUGUCUCAACAAUGAUACAUGUGGAAUGAAUUAUUCAUUAAAUAUAACUUAUUGUAUAUGUAAUGAAUGUUAUGAAGAAAUUUUUUGUGAAAAAAUUCGUCGACAAAGUCAAUUUGAUACAAAAUAUGUGAAUUUAAUUAUCUAUUUAUUUGCAUUGUGUCUUUCGAUAUUAAACAAUAGUAUGUGUUUAGAAUUAUUUAUUCGAUGUAAAUCAAUAUCUCGUACGAAUAUUGGAAUUUAUCUAAUCAUUUAUUCAAUUUUAUGUUUGUUAGCAAAUAUUUUCCUUGCAAUUGAUGGAAUAUUUGAUUAUAAUCGAAGUAUUUUAUAUGAUAAUUCAGAUCUAUAUUACAAAACACAUUGUGUAAUUGGUGUUGUAGGUUAUAAUGCAGCUGUAUAUCUCUGUUUUUGGUUUAGUGCAAGUAUUCAAUUUGAACGUGGUUUAGUUUUGUUUUUUGAUACAACAAAAUAUUCAAAACAUCGACGAUCAAUUGUUGUUACAAUAGUUUUGUUUUGUAUGACUUUAGCUUUUUCUAUCCCGAUUCUUUAUUACAAUUGUGAUUGGAGUAAUGCACCACAUUUCAAACAAUUUCAUUUCUUUCUUAUGGUUUUUCACAUUGCUUUGCCUAUUCUCAUUUAUCUUAUUGCAACUGUUUUGUGUUUGAUCGGCUUUGCACGUCGAAUUCGUAGAUAUGGUCUCGAAAAUCGCUCUUAUUUUAGAACAUUUAUGAAAUUAUUCUAUAGACAUUUGUUUAUUUUUGUCCCACUUAUUGUCUAUACAAUUUGUUAUGGGUUGGAUAAUUUAGUUGCUGUUGUUGCUAAACCAGAAAAUGGAUAUUUUCAUUGUAAAAUCUCAUUAGCAGAAUAUAUUGUAAAAGUUUUAUUACGAUCUUGUGUUGAUCUUCCUUUUACGAUAACUUGGUUACUUUUUGUAUAUCCAUCGAAAGUUUAUAUGGUUGAUUUUUAUAUGAAUACAUGGUCAGGACAAUGUACAGCAUUUAUUGUACUUCGUUUUCGACGAUUUUGGUCAAAUAGAAAUGAUUGA